AUGAUCUCUGCUGAAAUACCGGAUAAAGAAAGCAACCCUCUUGCUUUGGUUGCUGUUGAGAACUACAUGAUCCAUGGCCCAUGUGGUGAUGCAAAUAAAAAUUCUCCUUGCAUGCACAAAGGAAAAUGUCAAAAGCAUUUUCCAAAGAAGUUUGUGAAAACCACAAUUGUCGAUGAUGAAGGAUACCCAGUAUAUAGAAGGUGGGAUACUGGCGCAUUUAUUGAGAAAAAAGGAGUCAAAUUGAAUAAUCUUUUUGUUGCUCCUUACAAUAGGAAUUUAUUGACUAAGUUUGAUGCCCACAUUAAUGCAAAGAUCUAUGAUCAACAUAGAUCAGUCAAAGGAUACUUCAAUUUGAUACCUAUUACAGAGAAUUGGCAGGUGAGAGAUUACCAUUCCACUUGGAGAACGAACAAACUCUUCUAUCCAGAUAAGUGCUUGGUAACAUCUUUAGAAAGCAUAGCUGUUACACAGACUAAGUUAAUAGAGUGGAUGAAAUGCAAUGACGAAUACCCUCAGGCAAGAUCAUUGACUUAUUCUAAUUUCCCAAGUAAAUGGGUUUGGAAUGCUACUGAAAGAAAAUGGACUGAAAGAAAAAAUGGAAAAUGUAUUGGCAGAAUCUACUUUGCAUAUGGUGAGAAAUAUUAUUUACGAAUGCUCCUAAAUUUAUUUAAAGGAGCAAUAUCGUGUGCAUAUAUUAGAGCUAUAAAUGGGGUGAUACACCCAAUAUUCAAGGAUGCAUGUUACUCUUUAGGUUUGCUGGAUGAUGGUAAAGAAUGGAAUGUUUGCUUAGACGAAGCAUCUGUAUGGGCUUCUGGAAGUCAGUUACAACAACUGUUUGUAACAAUUCUGUUACUAAAUGAAGUUGUUAGUCCUACAGAUUUGUGGAGAACAAAUGCAGUUAAGCUAUCUGAAGAUAUGGCAUAUAUUCUUAAACGGAAAAUGGGAAUGCAAGCAGCGAGAUUUAGUGAUGAACAAUUACAAAAUCAUGCAUUGAUUGAAAUUGAAGACUUGCUUAAAAAAAGGAGGGAAAACAAUGGUUAA